AUGAUGUCCACCACCUUCUUCGUUUCCAUGCUCGCCCUCGCCGGCAAUGCCUUCGCUUCUCCUGCCCUCCAGGCCCGCGACGGCGUCCAGUGCGGUGGUGUCAACUACGCUCCCAUCGGCGACGUCAAGAACUGCAUCAACUACCUCAAGAGCAAGGGCACUGAUAGCUGCAAAGUCGGCGAUGGCAACGGUGGUUUCUGCCGGGACGGAGCUGCGGUGAUCCUCGGCAGCGGAACCACUGAAACCCCUUGCCAAAACGUUGCCGCUGCUGCUGAGGCAAUCCUUGGAAGCUGCACCAAUGCCGACCAAUACGUUGGAGGUUCCUCCACCAUCGGUGGUAACAGCAACGUUGUUGUCACUGUUAGGCACGUCAACUAA